AGUGCUACAACGCUCUGUAAAUCGGUCAUUGGAAAAUAUAGAAUUCAAAAUUUAAAUAACUUUUCAAACAAUAGUGUUGUUUAGUUGAAAAUUCUUUUAAUACCAUAGAAAGUCUUUAACUCUUGAAAAUGGAUCACACUGUAUUUCGUGUGAAAGCCAAAGAGAUGGUCGACUACGUAGCGGACUAUCUCGAAAACAUUCGUGACCGACGAGUUUACCCGGGAGUGGAACCCGGAUUCCUGCACAAGCUGCUACCCUCCAACGUUCCCGAGCAGGGAGAGAAAUGGGACGAUAUUAUCAAAGAUUUUGAUGAGAAAAUUAUGCCGGGGUUGGUCCAUUGGCAGAGUCCUCGCAUGCACGCGUACUUCCCCGCCCUCACUUCAUACCCCUCUAUCAUGGGUGAGCUCCUCUCUGCGUCACUGAAUGUGCUAACUUUUACCUGGGCAUCAUCGCCCGCGGGAACCGAACUGGAGACCAUCGCGAUGAACUGGCUCGGCAAGCUACUGGGCUUACCAGAUUGUUUCCUUAAUGAAAAAGAUGACAGCACUGGCGGAGGCGUAAUACAGACUACAGCAAGUGAAGCAACCCUUGUCAGCUUACUGGCUGCCCGAACGCGUGCUCUGAUGGAGCUGUCCAAGCUGAACCCUGACCAUUCUUCUUCGGAACUCUUGGGGCAUCUAGUUGCUUAUUGCUCCGAUCAAGCGCAUUCUUCUGUUGAGAAGGCGGGACUUAUUGGCUUAGUUCGUAUGCGGUACAUAGAGUCGGAUGAGAUGCAAAGCAUGCGAGGGGACAAGCUGGAAGAGGCGAUUCUAGGCGAUAAAGCUAAGGGUCUGGUGCCUUUCUGGCACUGGCAAAUACCUCUAAGCCGUCGCUUGAGGUCCUUGAAGCUUUGGUUUGUGUUGAGGACAUAUGGCGUUGCUGGUCUUCAAAAACAUAUUCGUGAGAGCGUACGUCUCGCUCAGAAAUUUGAAGCUCUCGUGUUAGCUGAUCCAAGAUUUGAAAUUCCUCAGCCGAGGAAUUUGGGUCUCGUUGCUUUCCGACUUAAGGGCGACAAUACGUUGACUGAGCGUCUGCUCAAACGCCUCAAUGGGCGCGGCAAUUUGCAUGCCGUCCCUGCUUGCUUUAAAGGCAUUUACGUCAUCAGAUUCACGGUUACCUCUGAAAGGACUACUAAUCAGGAUAUUUUGGAUGACUGGAACGAGAUAAAGACAGUAGCCAAAGAGAUUCUGGUUGAUAUCUUCGGCUCUGAGAAUGGCAACAUUGCUGUGCCGAAACGUCCCAGGAUUUCUUUGAGAGAAACACGCGAACUGAACGCAACAUUUGGAACAAGUCUCCUCUUGGCCAACAGCCCGAUGAGUCCCAAAAUCGUGAACGGCACCCAUGUGGCCAUCUGUGACUACGAGAAAGUGUUAAGCUCCUGCGCUCAGACUUUUGCGCAGCUGAAGAUGGAGCCGAAAGAUAGCCCUGAAAUGCGCCGUCGCAUCCGGGGAAUCAAAAUGGUGGGCAAGAAAUUCUCUUUGGACUCGUGCAUGGAUAUGGUGCAGGGUUUGAUGGUGGAGCAGUCAUUGCCACAGUGCAGUGAGGAUGACCGUGAAGAUGCUUCUAAUGGACAAAAUACAGACGGUGUGGAGACAUCCGCCUAAAUAUGAGGAUCCAGUCCAGGCGAACGUUCAUCUCUCACCUCAUCACCAGUAACAUCCACCAGCACCAUAAAGCAAGACAACUUCGACUCCAAUCAAUUACAAGUACCACCAGCGCCAUCUAGGCAAUAUCGCUCGAAAUCAGUUGACGUUUCGCUCACUGGCUUGAAACUAGACGAUGCCAAGAUUACAAUUGACAUGAAAAGUAACGAAAUUACAAUAACACCAACAACUUCGAAAACUAUUUCUGCCGAUAUUGAAAAAAAGGUAAAUUUCAGUAACAUUGAAGAGAAGCUAAACAUUGGCGAUAAAAUUACAGAAGCUUUUGAAAAUUUUCAAGAUGGGCUGCAAAUGUUAAGCGAUUAUCGCCAGAACGAGGAAAAGGUUGCUGCUACAGACGAAAGCAAUGCUAAAUUAACCAUUAGAGGGCCUGGUAGCUAUAUUAAGAAGUUAAUCCAGCAGUUUAGCGAAGCUCCUUUUGAAUCAGAAGAUUCGAAACCGGAAUCUGAUAGGGGGAUCUCGACUCAAGCUAUUAAAGACAGGGCUGAUGCGAUCUGUAAAAAGUGCUUGCAUUACAAAGGUAAGAUUUCAAAGUAAAUGUAUUACUGUGUGACCGUGUAAGUUAACUUGCGCCUUAGCUGUGCCACUGCGAGGGUUCAUAAUACGUUAGAGCACAAUUAUUGUAUGCUCACACCCCAAGAUUGUUUGAAAAUAAUAUAUAUAGGUUUCAGUAGUUUUUUUAUGACGCCAAUUUAUGGGACGAACAAGUCGUGCUUCCGGUGGUAAGCGACACGCCUACCCGUAACAGUUACACUUGCAAACACCUGAGAGGUACUGCCACUGUGCCCGUCACCCUGAGAUAUGAAGUUGACAAGUCCCAGUUGCCUGUUAUUUCACCAGUACCCUUUCGUUUCAAAGACGGAACGCAGAAAUGCUCAUAUUACUGUUUGGCGGCAGAAAUAAGUAAGAUGGCAGUACUUCCCUGGACGAAUUCCUUCACAAGUUUACUACUGGCAUUAUAAAAGGCUUUGAUGCCCCGAAUGUUUGUAAUUACUAGUGGCAUACAAUGAUUUUAAUCACACUUGCUUGGAAGUUGAAGAAAAAAGGAAACGUAGACUUAAUAACGUUGUUAGUUCAUUAAUGUAAUAUUUACAAAUUUUGAAGUAUCUCACAAAUAAAUCUUAUUUAAAGAAUAAAAAUUUAUUACCCACUAAAACAUUUUCUUUUACCUUUACCUAUGAAUAACAAGUAACAUGUUUUACUAUAUGUUUGUGUUUAUAAGCAUCUUCUAAAAAUUAUAAAUGAAAUAAACCGACGGUAUUUAUAUUAGUAUUAAUAAAUUGAACUAAAUAGUCAUGGUAUUUUGAAGCCGCGGCGAAAAUUUCGAGGUCUACUCCGAAGCUUCCGCGCUCUCAGCACAAUUUUACAUCCUGCAAACACGCCUACUUUGCCGGAUGGAACGCUGAGGGUUGGCAUGUGCGUGUUUUAAAAGUAAAGUAGAACUAAAUCAGGACCAUGCUCAUGUUUCGCCCAUUCAUAGAAAUGAUUCAAUUGUACAUUCGUUAUUCAUCAGAUAAAAAUAAAACAUCUAAAAAUAAAGUAUCACGUAAAUAUCUUGCAGUGAAAUACUUGUAAAUCUUUAUUAAAUAACUAUUAUUGUUAAUAAAUGAAUAUUUUAUGGUAAUAAUAACAUUUUUUUUUCAUUUUGUGACACCCCUUGCAUAUCUGCAUUCGACAGCGCAAGUCAAAGGCGUUGCGCUAUUGUGGAGAAGAUAUUGUAAUACUGUGCUCUGAGCGGGCGGCAGAGUAGUAAUAAAACAAAAACCCACUACCGCCAUGGGGAUGUAUGAUAACAAUACCACUUACUUUUAUUGCUCGUCAUACUAGGUACUACUUACGGGUAAGUGUGAUGGAAAAGAAUAUUACUCAUUUAGUAGCCGCUUCUUUCUGAGUCUUGUUUGUCCUUGAGCGACAUUGCUUUCACCCCUCGCCGCGCUUCCACUUAAGGCGCGCUCUAGCUUAUACGGUCAGACUUAGUACGAUGGGAUAUCUGAAAUGUGUGUCUUGGCAAUAACAUAUUGGAACUGUAGUGUAUAGGUAAAAUUUAAAAAAAAUUGGCAUUUAGAAUAUAUUAAUAAUGGCUUAAAUACUUAUUAAAAUUUUUAACUUAUUUUGAUAAAAAAUAAGAAUAUUACCAAUACUAUUUGGUACAGACAAG